GCAGCUCCAUCUCAUCCAGCCGCCGUUCCCAAAGUCUUCUGCUCUUCAUCGGGACAAUGGCCCCAAAGAAAGUUGAGGUAAAGAAGCCGGAGCCUAAGAAGCCAGAGCCUAAGAAGCCAGAGCCAAAGAAGCCGGAGCCCAAGAAGGAAGCAGCUCCGGCUCCGCCUCCAGAACCCGAAGUCCCAAAAGAGCCUCCGUUUGAUCCCAAGGCCAUCAAGGUGGAGUUCACCGCCGAUCAGAUAGAAGAUUUCAAAGAGGCUUUCCAGCUGUUCGAUCGCACGCCUAAAAAUGAAAUGAAGAUCACGUACGCUCAGUGCGGAGAUGUGAUGCGAGCUCUGGGCCAUAACCCGACCAAUGCAGAUGUCCUGAAGGUUUUGGGAAAACCCAGACCGGAGGAAAUGAACACCAAGAUGGUGGACUUUGAGACCUUCUUGCCCAUGCUGCAACACAUCGCUCGCUCAAAAGAUCAGGGCACCUUUGAGGAUUUUGUGGAAGGACUAAGGGUUUUUGAUAAGGAGGGAAACGGCACCAUCAUGGGAGCGGAGUUACGUCACGUUCUGGCCACGCUGGGUGAACGGAUGACAGAAGAUGAGGUGGAUCGGCUGAUGGCCGGACAGGAAGAUGCCAACGGCUGCAUUAACUAUUCAUCUUUUGUCAAACACAUUCUUUCAGGAUAAAGAGAACAGUUCACACACAAUAACAAAUCAAUAUGGGUAAAUAAAAACAAUUCAUGGGGACUAUUUUUUUAUUUUUAGAAUUUUUAAACUUUACAAGCAUUAUCUUUGAUAUUUUGCUUGUAGUGGACACAUAGUAAUUGUCUCACACAUUCUGACUGUGCAAAAAAAAACUUAUUGGUAUAUGUGCUCAGUCACAAAAAUUGUAAACAAUAAAGUUAUUUAGCAACAAUU